AUGGAGAAGCUCCUUACUAGCUGGUCUUCUACCGCUAAAUCCUUGCCCGAAAACUACGUUUUUCCAGUCGAUUUAAGACCCGGGGAUACAAUAUUUGUGCCCAUUUGCAACACUCUCCCCGUGAUCGACCUUGAAGUUGCACUUGCUCGUGGCCGAGAUGUUGCAGUUCAACAAAUUCUUAAUGCUUGUCAAGACUACGGACUCUUUCAGGUGAUCAACCAUGGAGUUGAUAAUGACCUAUUGAGUGACACAAUGAGUGUGGUGAAGGAAUUCUUUGACAUGUCGAAUGAAGACAAGGCAAGUGUGUAUUCAGAAGAUCCAAGUAAAAAGAGUAGGCUCUACACAAGCACUUACGACUACGAUAACGAAAAAGUUCAUCUAUGGCGAGAUAAUCUACGACACCAUUGUUAUCCUAUCGAAGACUACAUUCACUUGUGGCCACAAAAGCCCGCUAGAUAUCGAGACAUUGUCGGCAAAUAUUCACUUCGAGUGGGUAACUUGUCAUCAAAAAUAUUGGAGUUGAUUUCUGAAGGACUGGGAAUUGGGCCUGAUUACUUUGGAGAGGGGCUUACUGGAGCCCAACUAUUUUCUGUCAAUCACUACCCGCCAUGUCCCAGCCCAAAUUUAGCAUUGGGCUUACCCAAACAUUGUGAUGCUAGUCUCAUCACUUUUCUUCUUCAAGAUGAUAUAUAUGGACUUCAAGUGUAUAGAAAUAAUGAAUGGCUUGGUGUUCAGCCCAUUCCUAAUGCAUUUGUUGUUAUCCUUGGUCAUCAGGCUCAGGUUGUUAGCAACGGAAAGCUAAUUAGUCCGGAACAUAGAGCCAUAACAAACUCAACAACUAAUCGAACAUCGAUUGUGUACUCUAUCAAUCCAACACCCGACAGUAUCAUAGAACCUGCCAAAGUUCUUAUCAAUGAAACGAAUCGUCCGCUUUAUCGGGCCUUCCAGUUUAAAGAAUUUCUCAAAACUUAUGAAGAGAAGAAAGACUACAACGAAGGAGCUUUAGAGGAUUUUAAGAUCAAUGUGUGA